AUGUUGCUUGACCCAAAAUACAGCGAUUUAAAGAUUGUGUGUUCAGGUGAAGUAUUUUCUGUGCACAAGUGUAUAGUGUGCACUCAAUCGGAGUUUUUUGCCAAGGCCUGCGAUGGCGGGUUUCAUGCAAGACCUCGGAAUAGCAAGGCCGCGGUGGUAAUAUUAGGUGGUUUCACUGAUACAUAA